ACGGUGGGGAAAAAGAUUGUGUGUGACUAUGCUGAAAUAUGUUGGUGUUUGGAUCAACCUGUGUAUAUUACGACUUGAUGGAAAAUUAUCUUCAAAUCUUGCUUUUGGAAAACCUGCUGCCAUGAGUACGGUAUAUAACUCUAUCAGCACCCCAGCACGAGCCGUGGACGGAAACCACCGAACUGGCUUGUUUUUCUCCUUGUGCGCAACAUCGAAAUAUGGCGACCAGGAACCGUGGUGGAUGGUGGAUCUACGUGGGUACUUCCACAUUCAUCACAUCAUCAUCACGAACGGCGCAGACCCGUAUUUCGCAGCGCAGGGUCUACACAGCUUCACCAUUGACGUCUUUACGAAGAACCCAAUAGGCUGUGCACUCGCCACACCAGUUCAGUGCUACAACCGCACCGACCCAAUGGGGCGUGGCGAGACUGUACAGUUUCAGUGUCUCUCACCCGUGAUUGGUCGAUUCGUCCGUAUUAAGAAGUGGAGAAUGACGAACAUUCUUGACAAACUGGUACUUUGUGAAGUUCAAAUUUUCAGCACAAACGCGAUAGAUUGUGCUCCCUUAAGGUUUUUCCAUCGUAUAUUAGGGGCACGACUGAACUCGACAAACGUCAUCAUUUCUGAUGUUGAUGACGUCAUGCAUUGUGCCAGCAGAUGCGGCGACGGAGAUUGUCUGGCGUUCAACUACAACCAGAACAGUCAACAGUGUCAGCUCAUUUCAACCUCGGCGUUUAACGAUUCAAAAACGAUGACGUCAUCGUGGGAUUACUAUGGAAUGGAUUUUUGUUGAUCUGUUUAGGUCAGAUGUAAAACUUGGCGAGCGGUGGACGCGGAGAUAGGGGCAGAUUCAGUAAUUUUAUAGUUAGCUUCCCGUGGACUUCGCUACACUUGCAGGGGCGUAGCGUCAUCUGGACCUGAGGGGGGUUCGAAUAUGAACCAAGUGGACCUUUUUCAGCUGUAGCAACACGUGUUUGUAUGUACUGUGACAGUAUUUUUAUUUUUACAUGUACAGUAAGAAUUAGUAAAUUGGUUACCUGACGUCUGUCAUCUAUACUUUAACAGAGUCCAUACUUAGUCGGCAACCUUCCAGUCAGAGCAAUUAUUGUCAUGCAAUAAUAAUAUGUUACGGCCAAUCAAAGACACAAUAUAUGUUAAUUGUUGCCUCGGGUAUUGCAGACGUCUUAACGGCCAGUUUCUUUUGUGUAACGACACCACUAGAGCACAUUGAUUUAUUAACCAUCGGCUAUUGGAUGUCAAACAUUUGGUAAUUUCGACAUAUAGUCUUAGAGAAAGGAUAGCAGCUACAUUGUUCCAUUACUAGC